CAGACAGAAAUGGCAAGGCAACUGCCGGCUUACCAUGAACUUAAUGAUCGGAGUUCACCCCGGCAAUUCGCGGUUACGGCAGUCGGCGGACUUGUGCCGCUGGUGUCUGUGACGUACCUGGGUUCGUCGUCCCACACUUCGACUGCCUAGCCCUACGCUCUUGCAUUCACUCCAUCCCCCACGCAUUUUGUGCAUACCCGACCAAAAUGUCCACGUCUCACUUCGCCGAUGAGCCGAGUCAGCUUCCCCUCGACUACCUCCGGGGACUUAUGUGCUUGAGCAAGGAUGUGUCGGUCGACGAGCAGUAUCGCGUUCUACACGUUCGCAACCCGGACCGAUCGAAGGUCGCGCUUAUCUCGGGCGGUGGGUCGGGUCAUGAGCCUGCACACGCCGGGUUCGUAGGCUCGAACUCGCUCACUGCGGCGGUCGGCGGCAACAUAUUCGCAUCUCCCAACACGGCGCAGGUUAGGCGCGCUCUCGACAUCGUCAAGAAUGACAAGGGGACCCUCGUCAUCGUGAAGCGGUAUACUGGCGAUGUUCUGCACUUCGGUAUGGCUGGCGAGAGCGCUCAGCAGAACGUCGAGUUCCUCAUCGUCGGCGAUGACGUUGCGGUGGGCAAAACCCAGGGGAAGAUUGUUGGUCGCCGUGGGUUGGCUGGCACGACACUUGUGUACAAGGUUGCAGGCCACCUUGCGGCGCAGGGCGCCGACCUUGCUGAGGUCAAACGGAUUGCGGAGCUCGUCGCCGAGAACUGCGGCACGAUUGGCUCGUCCUUCGCUCACUGUCACGUACCCGGGACUGCCAAGGGCGAGGCGACGCUUAAGGACGGCGAGAUUGAGAUCGGGAUGGGGAUCCACAACGAGCCGGGCGUUAGCAAGACCACGCAGACAAGCAAGGCCAAACUCGUCGAGCACAUGGUCGAGAUGAUCACAAGCACGAGCGACCCCGAGCGGUCGUUUGUUCCGUGGAAGGGUGGGGACAAGGCUGUUGUCAUGCUUAACAACCUCGGCGGCCUGAGUGAGCUUGAGCUUGUGGGGCUCGUUCCGCACGUUCUCGCUGCGUUGGACAAGCGGAAGAUCGAGGUUGUCCGCCUCUUCGUCGGCACGUUCAUGAGCUCUCUCGACAUGCCCGGCUUCAGCGUCACGGCGCUCCGUCUUCCUGAGACCGACGUCGACACUAUCCUUGCCGGCAUUGACGCUCCUUCCUCCGCGCCCGGUUGGCGCCCGGCCACCAAACCUGUGCUCAACCCAGAGCCCACACCAGCGUCUGCGGGCAAGACCGAAAAGGCAGAGUCGUCGGGUCUCACGGCCUCGGACGUGUUCAUCAAGGCCAUUCGCGCGGGCUGCGAGGAUGUUAUCGCCGCCGAGCCGGAUAUCACGCGGUACGAUGUGAUCGCAGGCGAUGGCGACUGCGGCCUCACGCUCAAGGCGGGCGGUGAGGCAAUUCUAGCAGCAAUCGACGCGGGCAAGAUCACGCCCAAGGACGUUGUCAACUCUAUCCGCGCUGUCUCUGAGAUUGUCGAGAACGACAUGGGUGGCACGUCCGGUGCGCUGUACGCUAUCUUCUUCUCGGCGCUCGCCAAGGCGCUCGCGUCCGCUCCCAAGGGCGAGGUGACGGCGGACACCUGGGCCAAGGCAUCCAAGUCUGCGUUGGAGGCGCUGAACGGCUACACACGUGCGCGUCCGCCCUCACGUACGCUUAUGGACCCGCUCGUCGCGUUCGUCGACGCUCUACCCAAGUCGGGGCUCGCAAAGGCGGCCGAGCAGGCAAAGGCUGCAGCUGAGGAGACCGCCAAUCUUCAGGCUGCCGCGGGCCGUGCCGCAUAUGUCGACCAGGACGCUCUCAAGAAGGAGGCUGUCCCCGAUCCGGGAGCCUGGGGUCUCGCCCUUCUCUUUAGCGGCUUUGCGCGCGCGGCGAGCUGGUGAACAGCGGGGAUGAAUGGCAAGUCUGUAGUGGAUCGGGUGAUGUACAGUUCCGUUCUUGGUAUGCC